AUGAAUGAUUUUAAUUUAACUGUCGAACCCAAUGAUAAGAUCGUCUUUGCUAGUAAAGAACUUGGCGAUGAACCUGUUGUGGUGAUGCUUAAAGUAACAAACACAACAAAGAAGAGACAAGCAUGCAAAAUAAAGUGCACUUCAAAUGCAAUGUUCCGCAUUCGCCCACCAGUUUUUGCAUUAAAUGCUGAUGAAGCAAUCGAUGUCAAACUGACAUUUAAAGCCGGAAAUGCCGUGCCCGACAGUGGUAAGCACUAUUUUGUAGUAUAUUAUAUUAACGCACCGGAUGAAAAAAUAGCUCCUCGAGUUUGUUGGUCAGAACAUAAAAAGGAACCAGCCGGAUCAAAAAGGCUUUACGUCGAUUUUAAACAAAUAAAGGAUGGAGUGAAAGGAAAGGAUAAAAAAGAAAAGGAAAUGGCUAAAGAUGAAAAAGAAAAGGAACUUGCCAAAGGUGAAAAAGAAAAAGACCUGGCUAAAGAUGAAGAAGAAAAGGAAAUGGCUGAAGGUGAAAAAGAAAAGGAAAAGACCAAGGAUGAAAAAGAAAAGGCGAAACAAGAAGAGAUAAAGGAUGACAAAAAGCUAGAAGAAGGGAAGGCAGACAAGGAAAAAGACCAAAAAGAUGAUGAAGAUGAUGAGGUUGAUAAAGAGAAUGAUAACAGCACUGAUAAAAAGGAAGAGGAAGAAAAGGAAGAAUGA